CAGAAAGGCAGGCGGGCAAGAAAAAAGUCCAAGUCGAAAGUGAUGUCCAUCGUGGACGACAAGGCAUCGAUAUGAACGAUAAUCCAACGCCCAUUGCACUGCAUCGGUGCAGAUUUGUGGACUAUUCGCCGUCGCCGAUCACUGCGUUGGCUUUCCCCCCCUUACCACUCCCGUCUCUGAGAACCAAGAAAGCAGGAAAGGAACGUGAGCGCGAUCGCGUGCAGGAAUACGGAACACUCGUGGUGGGACAUGCGAACGGGAACAUCGAUCUUCUCGAGUGGACAGGCGAAGAUGACGAAUUGCAGGCACGACAAGCCUGGCAGCUGCGCAAGACACUGCCUGGACCGAACCCUUCAAAAGUGGAUACUUUGGCACUCACCAUCCGAUUCCCAGACACCUUUCCGUCUAACAAAACUCCCUCCCUAUCUGACCUUCGCUUGUUCUCCUGCGGCGGUGGAAGCGAACUCCUGGAGUGGGAUACGGCCAGGGGCUGCGUGAGGCGAACUGUACCCUCACAAGGCGGCUCGAUAUGGAGCAUGGCAGCCAAUCCCGCGUCCACGAUGCUUGCGUUGGGAUGCGAAGACGGAACUAUUCGUCUUCUUUCGCUCGCUGCAGAUACGCUCGAGCAUUUCCGUCGCUUUGAUCGUGUCAAAGGCCGUCUCUUGUGCAUUGCAUGGGGUCCUCCGCUACCACGACUAUCGAAACCAGCAGCCGCAGAGAAAUCGGAUCCCAGGGAUGAUGAUGAUGAUGCUGAAAGCGAUGACGAUGACGAAGAAGAAUGGAGUGACUCUUGGCUAAUAACUGGAGGGUCAAACAGUUGUUUGCAAAAAUGGGAUGUUAGAACUGGGAGACCUAUCGAUCGCAUGAUUACAGACAAAAUGAAAGGGGAGAGGACCUUAGUAUGGACUGUGGGCGUACUAGCAGACGGCACAAUUGUAUCCGGGGACUCUCUCGGGACGGUGAAGUUCUGGGACUCGAUGACUUGUACUCAAAGCCACAGUUUUUCAGCCCAUGCAGCAGACGUUCUAUGCCUGACCAUUGGACCUGAAGGCACUACGGUCUUCACCUCUGGCGUAGACCAAAAAAUCGUCCAGUUCAGCUAUGUGUCUGGCACACCAGAAGCGCCAUCCCCAGCGAAGUGGAUACAAUCGGCCUCUCGGCGGGUCCAUUCGCACGAUGUGCGUUCGCUUGCUAUGUGGCCCCCACACACGCCUUUGGCGGCAUCCUAUAGACGGAAACCUUCCCCUGGAUCACCAUACAUUGCACCAGUCCUUGUUUCUGGUGGUUUGGACAUGUCUAUUACCCUGAUCCCUGCUCUCCCUGCUCAUCUAACGACAUCUAAUGUUGCUGCCCGUGUUAUCAAUCCCAUAGCAAGCGGUGUUGCGACCACCUUUGAGGAUUCUUACUAUCGCCGUAUUCCAUAUCACACUACGAUGUGUGUCGCGAGGAAAGCGCGUCUCGUCUUGUGUAUGUAUGAGACAGGGUUGAGAAUCUGGCGUAUCCUUGACAUUCCCAAUGCCUCUACGGUAAUUGAUGGAAUGGACAACACCACAGAUCCGGAAACCAGAGUUGGUUGGGAGAACGUACUGGAAAUGGAAUUAAAUGUUCAUACCAACCUGAUAUCCAGUGCGUUGUCGGACGAUGGCCAAUGGUUGGUUGCCUCAGAUUUAUACGAAACGAAGUUAUUCAAGUUGACAACAACUCCGACUGGAGCCGUGAAGCCGAAACGCGUUCGGUCGUUCACGCCUCUACUUCAACAACAGCUUUCCGUAGCGGGUUCAAAAGAACUACCAUCGACGGGAGGGAGCAAGUUCGUGUUCACGCCUGACUCGACCAAGAUGAUUAUGGCCUCCGCAUCUACGUCUAUCAUUGUCGCGAUCGACCUUGGGCCUGCCGAACCCACUGUCCUUAGGCAGUUUGAACAUCACCGAAAGAUCAGCUCUCUGAGUGGUGGACGGGUAAUCCGAGGGUCCAGCAGGGGCAAGACAACGCAUGCAAGUCAUCAAGACGAGGAGCAUGACGGCACGGACGGGAUGAGCAACUCAGGAACAACGCCAUCCAUACUUCAAAUGGCAGUCAGUCCAGAUGGACAGUGGCUUGCGUCUUCGGAUGAAUGGUGUCGGACAUUCAUAUACAACCUUGAUUCUAUCCAGUAUCACAUCACCAUUCCUUCUUUACCGCACCCUCCAAAUGCCAUGGCGUUCGUUCCCAAUAAACCACAAAUUCUCUUUUCCAUCUUACCUAGCAACACGAUACACGUAUACGACGUUGAGACCGGGGAGGUCCCUUCAUGGGCUCACGACCUCAAUUCUCGUAUCCCACAGCAAAUCUUCAGUACACCCGACCCCGUCCUCGGAGUGCUCUUUGAGCCUGUGGAGUCUCCGCAGCCUCUAGCCAAUGGUGAUGUCAUUAUGGCGGAUAGCUGUCAGGAGUCCCCCCGUAGUACCUCAGCCCUACCACCGACCACUAUCCUGUGGGGCUCCUCCUGGUUGUGUAAACUAAGGCUCGAUUGGCUAGGCCAGUACAGCAAGCAACGAAAGCGACGAAAAUCUGAGGUAGAAAAACAACACCUUCCUCCCGUAUCGGACAUCCAAAACAGCGCCAGUGAAGCACGCAAUCUGCGUAUCAUUACACACUACCGAGCCAUUCUCGCCAUGGACUUCCUAAAGUCCCGUGAGUUUGUGCUCGUCGAACAACCAUUAGUCAACGUACUGUCGAAACUGCCACCAGCUUUCUUCAAGCCCAAGUACGGUCGCACAUAGUGCAGCCCUUUGGCAUCGU